GAGUACUGCUCGCUCCAACAUAUUUUCCACGCGGGUUCAGUUCAGAGACUUCAGACUAGUUUUCGUCAACUUUCUUGUACAAAUUAAAUUGCCAAACGUCUUUGAAGUUUUAUAAUUUAGACCUUUUUUGGGUCUUUAAAUUUCAAGCUCCAAAUCUGCUCCAGGGGAGGAAACCUGCUCCUUGCUGCUCUGUAAUGGCUUCUCCUAUCUUCCAGUUUCAUCAUCUCUAUCUCCUUCUCCUGGUUGUAGUUCGUCUUGUCUUUGUCAUCGACGCUAGUUUAGUUCUCCACAAUUCGGAUUUCCAUGCUCUCUCCGCACUCUGGACCAGCUUAGGUUUCCCAACUCAACUCGGUAUUUCAGCUUCAGGAAAUCCUUGUUAUGAUACCGAAGGUAUCUACUGCCAGAGGAAAACCUCCACAGAGUGGCCGCUGGUUCUUCGAGUAACUGGAAUCGUCUUGGACUCUCAAGGCCUCAACGGAUCUCUCUCUCCCGUUAUCGGACAACUGUCGGAGCUGAAAGAGCUCUCCCUGUCCAACAACAACCUCGUUGACCAUAUUCCUCCUCAAAUAGUUGAGUGCAAGAAACUAGAGGUCUUAAACCUCCAGAAUAACCGGUUCUCCGGCGAAGUCCCAUCGGAGGUUUCAUCUCUGGUACGUAUCCGGUCGCUUGAUCUCUCUUCGAAUAGAUUCUCAGGUGAUCUAAGCUUCUUAAAGUAUUUCCCCAAUCUAGAGAAUCUCUCCCUCGCCGACAAUCUAUUUACGGGAAGAGUACCAAAAUCGCUUCGUUCUUUUCGAAAUCUCAGAUACUUGAACCUCUCCGGGAAUAAUUAUCUCCAAGACUCCCAAGUUCCAUCUCUGAAUCAGCUAAAGACCAGAAGUAAUCUCCCCAGGCGUUACAAAUUCACCGAGAAUUCCUUAAACAGUAACCACAGCAACUCCGCAGUCGCACCAUCACCAUCGUCGGCCAGGAAAUCCAAUCACUCAAAUUCCAAUGCUCAAGCUCCAUCUACCUCAGUGUCGUCUCCGGCACUCAAACACCACAAGCACAAAAGAAAGUUAAAAGGUUGGUUGUUCGGAUUCUUAGCCGGCGUUGCAGCGGGAUUGGUAUCGGGAUUGAUGUUGACCUUCCUUUUUAAGGUUCUAUUGGUUUGUAUCAGAAGCAGAAUAAAAGAUUCCGGUCCUGUAAUCUUCAGUCCCUUGAUCAAGGAUGCCGAGGCCAUAGCUUUUCUAGAGAAAGAAGACGGCCUUUCAUCGUUGGAGAUCAUCGGAAAAGGAGGUUGCGGAGAAGUUUACAAGGCGGAGCUUCCAGGAAGCAACGGCAAGAUUAUAGCCAUCAAGAGGAUAAUUCAACCUCAGCCCAUGGAACAGACAGAUCUCGACGAAGAAGACAGCAAGGCCCUUAAUAAGAAGCUGAGGCAGAUCCGGUCUGAAAUCCAAACCGUCGGGCAGAUCCGACACCGGAAUCUGCUGCCUCUCUUAGCCCACGUACCCCGGGUGGACUGUCACCUACUGGUCUAUGAGUACAUGAAGAAUGGGAGCCUACAUGAUGCGUUAGGCCAGGUGUCAGCUGGGGUCAGGGAAUUAGGGUGGAAGGUGAGACACCGAAUCGCCCUUGGAAUCGCUGCCGGUUUGGAAUAUUUACACAUGAACCAUAGUCCACGAAUCAUCCACAGGGACUUGAAGCCUGCAAAUAUACUCUUGGACGAUGAUAUGGAGGCCCGGAUCGCAGAUUUCGGGUUGGCCAAAGCCGUACCCGAGGCCGAUACUCACGUGACAACUUCCAACGUGGCAGGGACUGUGGGGUAUAUAUCACCGGAGUAUCACCAAACCUUCAAGUUCACGGACAAGUGUGACAUUUAUAGUUUCGGGGUGAUACUGGCAGUUCUGGUGAUUGGGAAGCUGCCGUCCGAUGACUUCUUCCAACGGACGGAUGAGAUGAGCCUGGUGAAGUGGCUGAGGAACGUGAUGACGUCAGAGAAUCCAAGAAGAGCCAUUGAUGAGAAGCUGUUAGGGAAUGGAUAUGAGGAUCAGAUGCUACUUGUUCUCAAGAUCGCUUGCUUCUGCACCGUAGAUAAUCCCAAGGAGAGGCCCAAUAGCAAGGAUAUCCGCUGCAUGCUCUCUCAAGUUAAGUCCUAAUUAAAACUGCUAUGCCUAAGCACAUUGCCACGUGGAUUUUUUUUUUUUUUUUUUUUAUGUAUUUAUUUUCUUCUUAAUAAAGGUUAUUAAUAAGGGGGUGUUUGUAUUAAAGUGUAAGUGAUGCUACUGUCUAAAGGAUAGUAUUUUAUAUCCUUGUAUAUUGAA